AUGAAACAACCUCACCCUCCGCCCAUACAAAUCUAUCAAACGAAAAUAAUCACUAUCUAUCUAUCUAUCUAUCUAUCUAUCUAUCUAUCUAUGUUGGUUAGUUCAUUAUGUAUAUAUGUAUCUAUCUAUCUAUCUCAAUCUUAUAUUAUCAUUAAUAUUGUUAUCUAUCUAUCUAUCUAUCUAUCUAUCUAUCUAUCUAUCUAUCUAUCUAUCUAUCUAUCUAUGCCAUUCAUUAUGCAUAUAUGUAUUUAUCUAUCUCAAUGUGUUGAUUAUCUAUCUAUCUAUCUAUCUAUCUAUCUAUCUAUCUAUCUAUCUAUUUUGAUAGCUCUCUCUUUAUCUAUCUAUCUAUCUAUCUAUCUAUCUAUCUAUCUAAGGAUAACGAUCUAUCUAUCUAUCUAUCUAUCUAUCUAUCUAUCUAUCUAUCUAUCUAUUAAGACUGCUCAUAUUUACCUAUCUAUCUGUCUAUCUAUCUAUUAUAAUUGCUCAAAUCUCUAUGUACAUAUGUAUCUAUCUGUUAGGACUGAUCUGUAUCUAUUUGUCAAUAUAUCUAUGUAUCUUUUAGAACUGCUCAAAUCUAUCUAUCUAUCUAUCUAUCUAUCUAUCUAUCUAUCUAUCUAUCUAUCUAUUAAGACUGCUCAUAUCUAUCUAUCUAUUAUAAUUUCUCAAAUCUCAAUAACUGCUCAAAUCUAUCUAUCUAUCUAUCUAUCUAUCUAUCUAUCUAUCUAUCUAUCUAUGUUUAAAAUGUACAAUAUGGAAAAUAUCCUUUUUCCGAAGAGUCUCAACAUGGUCUUCCUUUUCCUCUCAAAGAUCUAUCGAGUUAGUUCAUAUCUGUACUUGUCAAUCUCUCUCUCUAUCUAUGCUAUCUAUCUAUCUAUCUAUCUAUCUAUCUAUCUAUCUAUCUAUCUAUCUAUCUAUCUAUCUAUCUAUCUAUCUCCGCAAAUCUACAGUCGUAUUCAUCUAUCUAUCUAUCUAUCUAUCUAUCUAUCUAUCUAUCUAUCUAUCUAUGUUUAUACCUAA